CGCGGGUGGCCACCCGGCGAGCCUGCCGUCCGACUCGGGCCGGGGCUGAGCUCCGGAGCCGCGGCCCAGCGCACGCGGAAGUGUUCAACUCUGAAUGUGCUUUAAAAAAUAAGGAAGAAAAUCUUAUCUGUCUUUUGGGGGACACUGGACUGCGAAUAAAUGCAGUAUCUAAAUAUAAAGGAAGACUGCAAUGCCAUGGCUUUCUGUGCUAAGAUGAGGAGUACCAAGAAGACUGAAGUGAAGCAAGAGACCCCUGAGCCGGGCGUGGAGGUAACCUUCUACUUGCUGGAUAGGGAGCCACUGCACCUGGGCAGCGGAGAAUACACUGCGGAGGAGCUGUGCAUCAAGGCCGCACAGGAGUGCAGUAUAUCUCCUCUGUGCCACAAUCUCUUUGCCCUGUAUAAUGAGAAUACCAAGCUCUGGUACGCUCCCAAUCAUGUUAUCACUGUGGACGAUAAGAUGUCUCUCCGGCUUCACUAUCGUAUGAGGUUUUACUUCACUAACUGGCAUGGAACCAACGACAAUGAGCAGUCUGUUUGGCGACAUUCUCCAAAGAAGCAAAAAAAUGGCUACGAGAAGAAAAAGAUUCCAGAUGCAACCCCUCUCCUUGAUGCCAGCUCACUGGAAUAUCUGUUUGCCCAGGGACAGUACGAUUUGAUCAAAUGCCUGGCUCCCAUUCGGGACCCCAAGACUGAGCAGGAUGGGCAUGACAUUGAGAAUGAAUGCCUGGGGAUGGCCGUCCUGGCCAUCUCACACUAUGCUAUGAUGAAGAAGAUGCAGCUGCCAGAGCUUCCCAAGGAUAUCAGCUACAAGCGAUAUAUUCCAGAAACAUUGAACAAAUCUAUCAGACAGAGGAACCUUCUCACCAGAAUGCGGAUAAAUAAUGUUUUCAAGGACUUCCUUAAAGAAUUUAACAACAAGACGAUUUGUGACAGCAGUGUGUCCAUGCAUGACCUGAAGGUGAAAUACCUUGCCACCUUGGAAACUUUGACAAAACAUUAUGGGGCUGAGAUAUUUGAGACUUCCAUGUUACUAAUUUCAUCAGAAAAUGAGAUGAAUUGGUUUCAUUCGAAUGACAGUGGUAACAUUCUCUAUGAAGUGAUGGUGACUGGGAAUCUUGGAAUCCAGUGGCGUCAGAAACCAAAUAUUGUUCCUGUUGAAAAGGAAAAAAAUAAACUCAAACGGAAAAAACUGGAAUAUAAACAUAAGAAAGAAGAGGAGAAAAACAAAAUCCGGGAUGAGUGGAACAACUUUUCAUACUUCCCUGAAAUCACUCACAUUGUAAUAAAGGAGUCUGUAGUCAGCAUUAACAAGCAAGACAACAAAAAAAUGGAACUGAAGCUGUCUUCUCACGAGGAGGCCUUGUCCUUUGUGUCCCUGGUAGAUGGCUACUUCAGGCUCACAGCAGAUGCCCACCAUUACCUCUGCACUGAUGUGGCUCCUCCACUGAUUGUCCACAACAUACAGAAUGGCUGCCAUGGUCCAAUCUGCACAGAAUAUGCCAUCAACAAGCUGCGGCAAGAAGGGAGUGAAGAGGGUAUGUAUGUGCUGAGGUGGAGCUGUACCGACUUUGACAACAUCCUCAUGACGGUCACCUGCUUUGAAAAGUCUGAGGUGUUGGGUGGCCAGAAGCAGUUUAAGAACUUUCAGAUAGAAGUACAAAAGGGCCGCUACAGCCUGCAUGGCUCAGCUGACCACUUCCCCAGCCUGAGAGACCUCAUGAACCACCUCAAGAAGCAGAUCCUGCGCACAGACAACAUCAGCUUCGUACUAAAGCGCUGCUGCCAGCCCAAGCCCCGAGAAAUCUCUAACUUGCUGGUGGCCACUAAGAAAGCCCAGGAGUGGCAGCCUGUCUACCCUAUGAGCCAGCUGAGUUUUGAUCGGAUCCUCAAGAAAGACAUUGUGCAAGGUGAGCACCUCGGCAGAGGCACAAGAACACAUAUCUACUCCGGGACUCUGGUGGAGUAUAAGGAUGAUGAAGGAGCUGCUGAAGAGAAGAGGAUAAAAGUGAUCCUCAAAGUCUUAGACCCCAGCCACAGGGACAUUUCUCUGGCCUUCUUUGAGGCAGCUAGCAUGAUGAGGCAGGUCUCCCAUAAACAUAUCGUGUACCUCUAUGGCAUCUGUGUUCGAGAUGUGGAGAAUAUCAUGGUAGAAGAGUUUGUGGAGGGAGGACCCUUGGAUCUCUUUAUGCAUCGGAAAAGUGAUGUCCUCACCACACCUUGGAAGUUUAAAGUUGCCAAACAGUUGGCCAGUGCCCUGAGUUACUUGGAAGAUAAAGACCUGGUUCAUGGAAACGUGUGUACUAAAAACCUCCUCCUGGCCCGUGAGGGCAUCGACAGUGAGAUUGGCCCAUUUAUCAAGCUCAGUGACCCUGGCAUCCCCGUCUCUGUGCUGUCCAGGCAAGAGUGUAUCGAGCGAAUCCCAUGGAUUGCUCCUGAGUGUGUUGAAGAUUCCAAGAACCUGAGUGUGGCUGCUGACAAGUGGAGUUUUGGGACCACACUGUGGGAAAUCUGCUACAAUGGCGAGAUCCCCUUAAAAGACAAGACCCUAAUUGAGAAAGAGAGAUUCUAUGAAAGCCGCUGCAGACCUGUGACUCCAUCUUGCAAGGAGCUAGCUGACCUUAUGACCCGCUGUAUGAACUAUGAUCCCAAUCAGAGACCAUUCUUCCGAGCCAUCAUGAGGGACAUUAACAAGCUGGAAGAGCAGAAUCCAGACAUUGUUUCAGAAAAGAAACCAGCAGCAGAGGUGGAUCCCACUCAUUUUGAGAAGCGUUUUCUGAAGCGGAUCCGUGACUUGGGAGAGGGCCACUUUGGGAAGGUUGAGCUGUGCAGGUAUGACCCUGAGGGGGACAACACAGGAGAGCAGGUGGCUGUCAAAUCCCUGAAGCCUGAGAGUGGAGGUAACCACAUAGCUGAUCUGAAGAAGGAAAUAGAAAUCCUAAGGAACCUCUACCAUGAGAACAUUGUGAAGUACAAAGGGAUCUGCACGGAAGAUGGAGGUAAUGGUAUCAAGCUCAUCAUGGAAUUUUUGCCUUCGGGAAGCUUAAAGGAGUAUCUGCCAAAGAAUAAGAACAAAAUUAACCUCAAACAGCAGCUGAAAUACGCUGUUCAGAUUUGUAAGGGUAUGGAUUACUUGGGCUCUCGCCAAUAUGUUCACCGAGACUUGGCAGCAAGGAAUGUCCUUGUUGAGAGUGAGCACCAGGUGAAGAUUGGAGACUUCGGUUUAACCAAAGCCAUUGAAACAGAUAAGGAGUAUUACACAGUUAAGGAUGACCGGGACAGCCCUGUGUUUUGGUAUGCUCCAGAGUGUUUAAUCCAGUGUAAAUUUUAUAUUGCCUCUGAUGUCUGGUCUUUCGGAGUGACGCUGCACGAGCUGCUCACAUACUGUGAUUCAGACUUCAGUCCCAUGGCCUUAUUCCUGAAAAUGAUAGGCCCAACUCAUGGCCAGAUGACAGUGACAAGACUUGUGAACACACUGAAAGAAGGAAAGCGUCUGCCGUGUCCACCCAACUGUCCCGAUGAGGUUUAUCAACUUAUGAGAAAGUGCUGGGAGUUCCAUCCAUCUAAUCGGACAACCUUUCAGAGCCUUAUUGAAGGCUUUGAAUUCUGCCUAAAAAGUCACUCAACAAAUACUUGAGUGUAUGUGUACACACACACACACAUAUUUAAGUGACACUGUGUUGCUUAAUAUGUGAAGCUUCCUUUUUAAAGUUGGCACUUCUUCAAUUUAGUGACAGUAACAACCAAAAUACUAGAGAGCACUUAAGCACUCCUCCUUUUGGAAAGACCAUGUCAUCAAGAUAGUUACCAUCCUAACUGUGUGACAAAGCAGGAUUCGUGAGCCUGGAAUGCCUCAGGAUGAUUGCCCUUCCUUGUGCCAGCUAACCUUGAAUGUCUGGCUGGCAUAUUAAUCUUAAAUAAAAAUUGGUGGACUUUAACUGAAACUCUAUAUUGAUCUGAAAUUUAAAUAUCUAUGCAGUAAUAGUCCAAGCAGUCAUUAAAUAUUAGAGCCCAGUUAGCAUACUGUUCUUUCUAUGUAAAAAGUAUGUACUCCUGUCACCUAGUAGGGCUGAAACUUUUAGGCUGUUCGUGCAAUGGCCCAGCUGCUGUUCCCUCAGCUCACCACUCAUCUAUUGUGGAGCAAACUGGUUUUGCCAUGGGGACAAUGUGGUGUGGACACUUUGCAUGUCACUUGUUGAAAACUAACUGUGUCCAUGCUUUCCUGCACAGACACUUCAUCGGACUUCCAGACCUGGAUGCUAUAUAGGACAUGCUUCUAAGAAAUGUCAGUGCAUACCUUUUGAUAACAACCCCUGUUCUGCUAAUCCAUACUGGGUUUCAAUGCUGUAUGCAAACAGAUGUAACACACUCUACAAGGGUUGGUCACUAUUACAGCUUUCAUUCCAUGGUACAGAUCUUGAAACAACCCAGUCAGAGGCACUCCAGAGCUCAGCAUCCAUUGGAUGGUUUUCAAUUUGCUUGGAGGUAGCUAGGUAACAAGAUCUCUGCUUCUGUGUGAGCCAGAAAGUUCUUUAUGACAAAGAGCCUCAUAAGCUUCUUGUGAAUGCUCUCUGGUACUUGUUCAGUAUCUUACUUUUCAUCCUUGGAGCCUGCAAGAGUCUGGAAUUGCUUUCAUGGUAAUAGUAAAUGUGCCAUCUAAAUGUGUUCAAUUGCUCUGUAUCAGCAAGGUCUGUUUAUGUCAAACCUGUGGCCUGCUCUCUAUGCACUUUGUUUACUCUUUAUACAAAUAAACAUACUAAAGAUUUUA